AUGAUUGCACCCAUUCUCAUGGCAACGAUCAAAGUUGGAGAAAACUACUGGUUCUCGCCAUUUUGGGCAUUAUUUCUAUCACCUGUCAAUCCUGAUGUGCUUUUCACAGUAUCCAAUCUAGUCAUCUCUGACGCAUUUCCCCCGGAUAUUCAGUCUUUGGCUGGAGGGGUAUUCAACGAAGUUGCGCAGUUUGGGAACUCGGUUGGUCUUGCAGUUACAGCUUCUAUCGCUGCAUCAAUAUCAGACCAUAAAACCAUCCAGGAUCAUAAAGAGAGGCUUAUGCUGGGCUAUAGAGGCGCUUUUUGGACCAUAUUUUCGAGCUGUGCUCUUGUCGUGAUCAUUUCGUUCUUUGGUUUACGAAAGGGGGGAACUGUCGGGAAGAAAGAAGAAUAA